CUUCGAAACAAUCCUCGUUAUAUCUAGAAUCUGAGCAUCCAAUCCAUAACAAAACCUAUUGUAAAAAAGUUGUUUAUUAUUUAUUCUUUUUAUACUUUUUGCUACAAACAUUAAUAUGAUUAAAACGAUUAUCACAAUCACCACAAUUGCUGUAUCUACUGUAAUUAACACGAUAAUAAACAAGACCGAUAUCAGUUCAAGAAAACUUGCUUAUCAAAAAUACAGUUUAAAACAGCCAGAUUCAAUCUAUAAUGAUAUGAUAAUGAAAUUACAGUCAAAUAUUAAUGAAUAUUAAUCAUUAAUAAUAAUAUAAAUUCGAAAAAUCAGCUGGAAAACUUUUUUUUUUGUCAUUUGAAACAGUGAGUCAGCAGAGAAAAUGAUGUCACUGCCGAUUUUGAAGUUUAGUAGAUGUUUUUUUCUGUUUUUGGUUCUGAGAGAAGGUGCGUGUAGAAAUGCGUCAAAAGGUACGUGCGUGAGAGCGCUGAUUUUGAAGACGCUUUGAUAAGUGCGUUGUUUUUUUCAACGGUAAACCAUUUUGUUGCUGCUGUCCAUUUCGGGAAGCAGAAGAAGCAAAAGAAGCAAAAGAAGCAAAAGAAGCAAAAGAAGCAGAAGAAACAGAAGAAACAGAAGAAACAGAAGAAACAGAAGAAGCAAAAAAAUUACAUUAUUAAACAUUUUGUAUUUUAUAUAAAGAAAAAAUCAAAAAACGAAAAAACAUUAUAUAUAAAAAGAAUAAAAUAUAAAGUAAAGAACAAGACAAAUUUUAGAUGUAAU